AUGCAAGACGACAGUUUAGAAUCUUCAACUUCAAUAUCUCAGCUUCUGAGAGAAAGUUAUUUAGCUGAAACUAAACAUCAAGGGAACAGUGAAAGAAGCAGAUCGGAACCAACUGCACAUAACUUUCUUUACGGCAACAGUUCUGGUGAUUCAGAUGAGGUAGCUGCCCAAGAUGACCUUCCAGAUCUCUCUGCCUUUUUGAGCCAAGAAGAGUUAAAUGAAAGUGUAAACUUAGCAAGACAAGCUAUUGAUCAGAAUCCACUGGAAGCUAAACAGGAUGAGCUUCAUCCCCUGGAUCAACUGAAAAACACUGGAAAAAACAAACAAAUGGCCCACUCUACAGCUUUAAAAACAUCAGACAAUGGCCUGCCUGCAAACUUUUGCCAGGACCAUGGCACAGAUACAAAAGGUUCCAAAGGGUGCCCUCAAGAUCUAAAGAAGCACCCUCCAUCUGAGUCAGAAUCAAAAAAGGAAUUCCUAAAUAAGGCAGCAGAUUUUAUUGAGGAGCUCUCUUCACUUUUCAAAGCUCACAACUCUGAAAGAAUAAGACCCCGAACAUGCAAAAAUUACCGGAGCAAAAUGGAUUCUAAGAGUAAGUCUGCUCAAAAAGCUAGCUCUAGCCUCUCUAGUACAUCAGAAAACAGAGAGAGGCUUUCCAUUCCACUACCUCUAGACUUGGAAAACAAAUCAGAGGAAACAUUUGAAAAAAUAGAAAACUUGGAAUCUAUCAACCAAUUGACAAGUGCGGAACUAAAAACAGAGUCUGAAUCUGCAUAUUCUGAUGAGCCUAUUGGACAGCCACCACGCUUCACUCAAAAACUGAAGAGCAGGGAAGUUCCUGAAGGAACCAAAGUGCAAUUGGACUGCAUUGUGGUAGGAAUCCCCACACCUGAAGUCAGGUGGUACUGUGAAGGGAAGGAGCUUGAAAAUUCGCCAGACAUUCAAAUUAUCCAGACAGGUGAUCAACACUCAUUGGUUAUUGUUGAAGCUUUUGAGGAGGAUACAGGACGUUACUCGUGCUUUGCUUCAAACAUCUAUGGAACAGACUCCACAUCUGCAGAGAUUUACAUAGAAGGAGCUUCUUCUUCUGACUCUGAAGGUGAAACUAUCAAAGACGAAAUGGAUCACAACCUAAAGCCGGCUGACACCUCCUUGAAGGUGGCACCUCCUGAUACCAGAGCUGCAACCAAGCCUCAAGAAACCUCCAAGGCACCAUCAGCUGUGGUUCAGCCUGUGUCCGUACCUGUCCAGCCUGUGUCUACGCCAGUUAAUCAGGCUCAGAGCCCCACUAACUAUUUGCAAGGAUUGGAUGGAAGACCUAUAGUUGCUGCUCCUGUAUUUACAAAGAUGUUACAGGAUAUUUCAGCUUCUGAGGGGCAGCUUGUAGUCUUUGAAUGUCGGGUGAAAGGAGCUCCUUCCCCAAAGGUUGAAUGGUAUAGAGAAGGAACACUGAUAGAAGAUUCUCCAGAUUUUCGGAUAUUACAGAAAAAACCACGAUCUAUGGCUGAACCAGAGGAAAUUUGUACUCUGGUCAUUGCUGAAGUAUUUUCAGAAGAUUCUGGCAGUUUCACCUGUACUGCAAGCAAUAAAUAUGGCACGGUAUCUAGUAUAGCUCAGCUAACUGUCAAAGCAUCUGAAGACAGUAAUAAUGCUGCUGCCCUUCACACAGUGAGCUCAGUCAACUCAGUUGCCGCUGAAAAUCAAUCACCCCCACAUAAUUCUUCCCAACGUGUAGUACCUGAAAACCCCAAACCUAAACUUGAAGGUGUUCUUGUUAACCACAACGAACCCAGAUCAAGUUCCAAGAUAGGUCUCCGUGUGCACUUCAAGCUGCCUGAAGAUGAUAAAGGAAAUGAAUCACCACCGGAGGAUGGACUUGGCACUACGAACAAAACCAGACCCAGCUAUUUUCAUGACAAGAUAAAUGGACAGCCAGUGAAAAUACCGGAGCCAACAUCACCAUCCAAGGAACCCCCCCCAGUACUGGCUAAACCAAAGCUUGAUCUGACCCAGUUAAAACAGCUCCACAACCAGGUCUUGCUUGAGCAACAGCAGGUGCAUCAGACAUCUACAAGAGAGUUGUCAUUCAACACGGCUUUACUGAGUUCUGCUACUUCACUCAAUCAACAGUCCACCUCAACCACGUACAAGCAAAGCAAAGCCUCUGUGUCACAAGCGUUCAGCUAUACCCGACCUAAGCAGUUCCUACCAUCACAGAGCACACCACCUAUCGUUUCCUCUUCUAGCUCCUCGGUGACAAUAUUCAGCAGUGUCUCUCAAGGAAUUCAAAGAACAAAUAGCAGGGAAAAUGUCACAGGAAAUCCUCCACUUGUACAGUCGAGGUCAUCAGGAGGAUUUACAGGCAAAAGUGAACAGUCUUUACCAAGCCCUAAAGAGUCUACGGUCCCAUUAACACUGUCUACAUCCAGUGUAAAACAGUUUCAGCCACAGAGCGUGACUCCUGCUCCUGUCUCCCCAACCGGCUGGAUUCAGAAUCCAGUAGCUUUCCUUAGCGCUGUUCUUCCUUCACUUCCUUCUCCACCAUCAACCAAUGCUAUGGGGCUGCCCAGAAGCACACCAGUCACCUCAACCCAGGGAGUAACAAAGAAAAAUCUGAAGCCUUUGCAGUUACCAACAGAUGAGUCUAUUCGGGAAAAUAAAGCUGCACUUGUAAAGGACCUGGAAAGAAAACUACAUUUCAGAGAAGAUAUUAAUCAACAAAGUAGCCAGCAGGAAUACAGGAUUUCAAGCUUUGAGCAGAGGCUGAUGAAUGAAAUAGAAUUUCGCCUUGAACGUACCCCAGUGGAUGAAUCAGAUGAUGAAGUUCAACAUGAGGAAAUCCCUACAGGCAAAUAUAUAGCACCCAUCUUUGAUAAGAGACUCAAGCAUUUCCGGGUCACAGAAGGAUCUCCUAUCACAUUCACUUGCAAAAUUGUUGGGAUACCUGUUCCCAAGAUAUACUGGUUUAAAGAUGGCAAGCAGAUUUCAAAGAAAAACACACAUUUCAAAAUGAGCAGAGAAGAAGAUGGAACAUGUUCUUUACAUAUUGAAGCUUCUACUAAUGAUGAUGAUGGCAAUUAUACUAUUAUGGCUGCAAACCCACAAGGGAGAGUAAGUUGUUCAGGCCACUUGAUGGUUCAGAGUAUCCCUGUUCGGGGCCGACUAUCAACACUUCAGCCUCACAGAGCACGCUCCCGGGUGCCAGAAGGAGGGGACAAAGAAGCAGUUCAAGAGCGCUUUUUCAGGCCAUACUUUCUACAGGCUCCAGGUGACAUGGUAGCACAUGAAGGGCGACUCUGUAGGUUGGAUUGUAAGGUGAGUGGAUUACCAACGCCAGACCUGAUGUGGCUUCUGAAUGGCAAACCUGUGUUACCAGAUGGCACCCACAAGAUGCUGGUCAGAGAGACUGGAGUUCACUCUUUGCUUAUUGAUCCUCUCUCACAAAAUGAUGCUGGAACUUAUACUUGCCUUGCCACUAAUAAAACAGGACAAAAUUCAUUUAGUCUGGAGCUGACUGUUGUAGCCAAGGAAGUAAAAAAAGCUCCCAUGUUUUUGGAGAAGCUUCAGAACUGUGGUGUUCCUGAAGGGUACCCAGUCAGAUUAGAGUGCAGGGUUGUGGGAAUGCCGCCUCCCGUAUUUUACUGGAAGAAGGAUAAUGAAACCAUCCCAUCAAACAGAGAGAGAAUGAGCAUGCACCAAGAUACAACAGGGUAUGUCUGCCUUCUGAUUCAGCCUGCCAGGAAAGCAGAUGCUGGCUGGUACACCUUGUCUGCAAAAAAUGAAGCUGGUAUUGUCUCUUGUACUGCUAGACUUGACAUAUACGCUCAGUGGCAUCAUCAAAUUCCACAACCAAUAAAGCUUCGACCUGGGAGCACCCGGUAUGCAAACCUUACUGGUCAAGGACUUGACAUUUAUUCUGGCUUCCCAACUACUGAAAGCCCUGUGUUGUUUUCGUCCCCAACUCAAAAGAUGGUGGAAAGCGAUGAACUUUGAAAAAAACAAAUGAACAAUGGUUCCAGUUACACUUGCGGAAAUACUAGAACUGAAAAAAAAUAAAGAGGUACAAGAUGC